AGACAAAGAACAUGGCAGUCGACAUGAAGAUCGUCCUACUGAUGUCUGUACUCUGUUUAUUCUUUACUGUCGUCCGCUCUGCACCUGCAGACGUUUUGGGGACUCUACCUGAGGAGCAACCUCUGUCAGAUAACACAGGUGUGGUCAACAAUGUGGUGGAGCCCAUCCAAGUGGAGCCAAGAGAAGAGGGAGCUAAAGAUGAUGAGGGUCUUCCAAACCCCAUGGCACUCUGCGCCCCUGGUUGGACCCCUUCGGGUUACCACUGCUACAAGCCUGUCACCAGUCGCAUGAGCUGGGAGAGUGCAGAGGCAUACUGUAUGGAUGAGGGUGGCCAUCUGGCCAGCUCUGAGUCUUUUGGGAAUAAUAACAUCCUGCAAAGUCUGGCCCUAGGCAAUGGGUUCUCAAUUUCCUGGAUUGGAGGGUACCACUUCCGGGGCUCCUGGAGAUGGGUUGAUGGGACGUAUUACCAGUGGGAGAACUUUCACACAUACAACAGUGCAUCAUCGAGCCCUUGCAUCUACCUGAGAAAUGAUGGUGACUGGGUCAACACCAAUUGUAAGAGCUGUUUGCCUUUCAUCUGCAUGAGGAGGUCUUGCUUUUGAUUAAAACUGGAUCUGGACUAGACUGGAUGCGAG